AUGACGGGUGCACCAUGUGUUGGCAUUGUACCAGAUAAAAAAUUAAAAUUUUUGUUACUGGGUUUGAGUGGCAGUGGAAAAACCGAAAUUGCUCAUUAUUUGUCGAAAGCACAGCGUCUAGACUAUGAUUCAACAAAUGGCGUACAUAAUUAUAGUUUCAAGCUAAUGGAAACAUUGUGUUCGCUAACGGAAGUUGGCGGCAGUGAUGAUAUGCAGAGGAUAUGGCAUCAUUAUUAUGUGGGAACAAUGGCCGUCAUUUAUUGUUUCGAUUUGUCCUCGAAAUAUGACGAUUUAAAGAAAUCAUUUAAACUACUACACACUGUAUUGAAGAAUCCCUACAUAAUGGCUAAACCUAUUUUAUUGGUUGCCACCAAAGCAGAUUUAGCCGACGAAAGUAUACAAUUGUAUGACAUUGAAAAUGCAUUUCACAUACAAAAUAUGGCAGUUUCCUAUGGCAGCAGUAUAAAAUUGUGUUGCUAUGAUCCGCGAACAGAGCAAAAUGAAGAAAAUAUGAACACAAACGUAAAGUCUGGCAUACAGUGGCUGGUUUCAUAUAUUUUAAAUAAUUACAAUGUCAUACAAAUGCGUUUAAACUGUGAUAAAAAUAUGCAGAAUUGGGAACAGCAGCGCAAUAAACUGGUGGCUGAGGGUAAAUUAGAUUUUAAAAAAUACGAACGAUUUCCCAAGUCCUCCAGUCGUCACAAGCUGUGGCGUUUAUCACGCAAACGUUUAAGACGCAGUCUAAUUAGGCCACGAACGGCUCCUCCCAAGAUUUGCUGCAUUUCCACGCUACAACCUACAGCAGUCAUGUUUAAAGAUUCUACUUCCUUUAAUGUAACAAACAAUUCUUCUAACAAAGUGCCAAACGGUGAAGUAAAAUUACGUAGUGAUGAAGAACAUACAAUUGUAUAA